GGGGCUCGGCCCAAGGGAUGGGGAGCAAGGAAAAGCGAGGAGUGAGAGCGCCGGUGUGGUGGAAAGAAGGCGCUGCCUUAUGGGCCAAGCAUCAGCAGCAGCAGCAGCAGGCACGGUCUCUCGGGUGUGCAGCCUCUGGCCAUAUUCUCAGCAUUUUUCACGAAAAGACGUAGUCAGCCAGCGGGCCGCAGUGUACUGGCACCAGUAGUGUUUCCAUCGAUUUGUUUAUUGUCUGGAUGCGAUCAGUGGUUUGAAUCUUCAUCACCCGGACCAAAGGUGCGGGGAAGGAAAAGGACGAGGAGAGGAGAGGAGAGGAGAGGAGAUUAUUGACUAGUUGGGGAUGGGAUUGGCGAGCAGAUCAGAGAGAGCGAGCGGGCGAGCGAGUGCGUGAGUGAGCGAGAGCAGCAGGAAUCCAGUCGAUCGACGCGGAGUGUUGCUGCAAUCGGUGGCGGCGGAGAUCGUGGGCUGAAGAAUUGGGUGGUGGAGUGUCGCUGAGUGGGCGUUGAGGAGCCAAUUCAGAUCGCAGGAGUGAAGAAACUCCAGAUAGGCAGAUCAGGAACGGGGAGGGGACGUUGCCCGAUCGAAAGGGGGCCUGGUACUCCUGAUUCUGAAACCCAGAGUACUUAGCUGCAGGGGUGAUAGAUCGAUCGAUCGGACUCUGAGGAUGGACAGCUGGUGUCCGUCAACCUCAUCCGCAGCGGCGACUUUUAGUUCGAGAAGCUACUGGGGCAUGUGUAGCUAGAAUCAUCGUCGGUCUUUAGUUUCACGGAUUUCACCAGGGCGGACGGGAGUCAGCAGUUUUGUGGUCUAAAGAGGACAUACGCCUGAAGGAGCUUCUGAGCUACAAUGUCCUUCUUAUUGAGGUUGCUGUUGGGCUGCUCCAUCGCGCUGCUGCUCGUCGCAGAGGGAAGAGCGACGGUCGUUCUCUUCGGAAAUGAUACUACGUCCUUCCCCAGCAUGGAUUCCGCGACCACUUUCACCCCACGCAUACCAGAUGGAGGAAUUGAGGGAGUUCUGUAUACGGCUGACCCGUUGGAGGCAUGUUCUGAUCUUAGCGUCAAUGUGACGGGGACAACUUCGUUCGCACUUGUUAUGCGCGGGAACUGCACCUUUGAGCAGAAAAUCCGCAACUGUCAGAAUGCAGGAUUCACUGCAGUUAUUAUUUUCAACAACAAGGACACCAACGAACUUGUGUCAAUGGCUGGAGAUGGCUCUAAAAUACACAUCUACGGCAUCUUUAUCACUAAGGAAGCCGGGGAGAGCUUGUUGGGUGUCCAAGGACCCUGUUACCUUCUUCCUGGGUACGAGAAAAAGACAUGGGCGAUUAAGUGGCUCAUUUUGAGUGUAUCUUUAAUUGUUAUCGUCAUUGUCGCAGCCCUUGUAACAGCCUUGUGCUGUAUUCGACAACAUAUCUUGGCAGAGGCUGAGGCUGAUACUCUGAAUAACGUGCUCAAUCAGAAGCUCUUAGACGAAGAGAUUAUGACCCGUGAGUUCAGGCCCGAUGAUAUGGGGCCUGAUGUUCUCAGUGCCGAAGCGCUAGGCGCUCAAGAUGUAAUGACCGAUGUGGAGGGUGACGAGGGAGGUGCAUCUGAUAGUGAUCAUGCUUCAGACAUGUCAAUUCCCUCGAUCCCGAAGUAAAUCUCAUACCUGUUCUGCCACUUGUUUCCCUCCUUAUUCCCUAAUUUCCAUAUUACUUGGCAGUUACUGUGUGAAGACUUUGAGGCCAUGCUAAGCGGGUUACUUCCCUGUGAACGCGAUUGUAUAUUAAGGUGCACCUUUGGAAACCCCAGGAAAAGCCAGGGUGCACAAAGGUACCUCUGUUGGUUUGUCAACUUUGACAAGCAGCCCUUAAGUGUUGUCAUGCGAGGCAAGGUUUUCUCUCUAAAACACCAGAGGUCAACAGCCACAGUGUCUGAGAAGGACCAAGACUUAAGAAGGAUGGUACAGAUAGGAAAGAAGGAGACGAGGGCUACGUGAUUUCGGAUACCAUUCACCUCUUGCAUCCUUGGGGAAAUAAACGUCAUAGCUUUCUACUUUCUAGUGCAGACCUUCUACUAUAAGGAUCAGGUCCACCAUUGUCUACAGCUCUCAAACCUUCAGCCUGUGUCCCUCCAAAAAGAGUAAACAUGUGCGGCUGGUGUGCGUGUUUGUGUCGUGCCCACGUUUUCAUGCCAGCUCUUCAAGCUGUCACUUUUAUCUGCAAGUUAUUUGUAAAGUUUGCCCAUAAAUGUAAUCACACUUAAGACAAGAGGGACGAUUGAUUCUACAUCAUCCAAGUAAAGGCUUGUCAGGCUACCAUUUCUUGUCCUUAUGUGCUUAGCUCGCUUGCUUACAGAAAAUGUUGAGAAACCAACUCUGUAUAAAUAUUGCAGUUAUCAAUCCUACCAGUCUUUCUGACCACCACAUCACGACAAUUGAGUCGAAAACAAAUAGAUGAGACGUGUAAUUUGUUCUUAUAUUUGGCAAGACAUGAUACCUACAGCUCCCAAGGAU